AUGAAGUUAAAAUCUCAAAGUACGAGUCUGAUAUUGUUCUGGUUUCACUGUCUUUUCCAAGACCCCUUUUAUCAGCUUUUUCCACACCUACAACCGCAAGCAGGGGAAAUGGCUGGAAGAAGAGAGAGAUGCAGUCGGUGUGGAGUGCAACUACUAGUCCCACAUGAGGCCCAAAGCAUUCAGUGUUCAGUCUGCCAAGCAGUCACUCGGGUCCGACCUAACGAUCCUUUGAUUGAAGCUCAAGACUCAAUACGCCUGGCGACAAACUGUGUAAAAGGUUUUAUCAGCAAAGUGUCAAGCAACAUCAACACAAUGGCCACAUCAAUGAGUAAUUAUCCGAUGCAGGGGCCAUAUUAUGACGGUCAUCGCCCUCAGCGCAUCCAACCUCCUUCACUCUUGCUACCGGUUUCAGUACAUGGGAGGAAGCGAGCGCUGCUUUGUGGAGUGAGUUACUAUGGGCGCACAUACAGGCUGAAGGGAAGUGUUAACGAUGUGAGGUGCAUGAGAUAUUUUUUAGUUGAAAGGUUGGGAUUUCCAAGCGAGUCCAUACUCGUCCUCACUGAAGAAGAGACUGACCCGCUGCGGAUACCAACAAAGCGCAACAUCCGAAUGGCCUUGCAGUGGCUUGUACAAGGUUGCCAGUCAGGGGACUCAUUGGUCUUCCACUACUCAGGCCAUGGCUCACAACUCCGUGACAUGAACAGGGAUGAGAUGGACGGGUAUGACGAAACAUUGUGCCCUCUAGACUACGAUACUGAAGGAAUGAUAUUGGAUGAUGAGAUCAAUGCCACCAUCGUGAGGCCACUUCCCCAUGGUGCCAAACUUCAUGCUAUCAUUGAUGCUUGCCACAGCGGAACUAUUCUUGAUCUACCAUUCGUGUGCAGGGUGAACAGGGAAGGAUACUAUAUGUGGGAAGAUCACAGGUAUCUGUCAACGACUUACAAAGGUACGAGUGGUGGACUAGCCAUAUCACUUAGUGCUUGUGAUGAUCAUCAAAGUACUUUAGAUACCAUGGCUCUCUCCGGCAACGCUAUGACUGGUGCCAUGACUUACAGCUUCAUCCAAGCUCUACAAAACGAACCUGGAUUGACAUACGGUCGCUUGCUCAACACCAUGCGUUGCGCAAUACGUGAUGCUAAACCAGGAUCGCAGCUAAAUGGUCCCAUUGCUUCCUUCAUAAGAAAAGUGUUUAUCACAACACAGGAGCCUCAACUUUCGUCUACAGAGAAGUUUGACAUUUACUCAAAGCCGUUUAGUUUGUAAGUGUAUCUGAAAGAAUGAAAACUACAUACAAUAUAUUUCUACCGAAUAAGGUAUUAAGUAAUGACUUAGUCUUGCUAUGUAAAGAUAUGAGAGUUUUAAUUCAGAGGUCAUGGGUUCAAGUCUUCCCAUCUCAUCUGUAUUACUUCACCUUUUGAAUGCAACUUCUGUCGUGUAUGGCUCAAUGGAUCUCUAAAUUCCCUACAAAUGUAAUGGGGCUACACAGAAGAGAGGGUGUUAUAGAUGUCUCUUUUUCUUUU